GUCGUCUCGUCUAUCUACACUGUUCUUUGAAAACCCUUCUCUCUCUUCCCGAUUAGGGAAAGAACGAGAGAGAUGAAAGUAGAAGAGCUUGAAUUGACAAGAAAGAAGCAGAGAAUAGCUAGCUACUAACACUUACACAUCAAAGGUCUAGGGCUUGAAUAGGCAAGAGUUAUGAAUGUGUAUUUGCCCCUCAUCAACGCUCACUGCACUCGCUUGCACUAUUCCCGAGGUGCUCCUUCAACAUACUCGUCUGUCUAGGUUCGGAUUUGUGAAUUUGUUGCAUAGUAGUAGGAGAUUUGGGGGUUUUCCAAAGAAAAUGGCGAGUUUGGAGAGUUGCAAUGGGGAUAUAGAAACUAAAUUAGGGUUGGUUCGGCCCGCAACGGAAGCUCAUGCUGCAGAGGCAAUUGAAGCUGUCAAAGCUGGGAAGAUCGUAGCUGUGCCCACAGAUACACUAUAUGGAUUUGCCUGUGAUGCUUGCUCUACGGAAGCAGUUAAUAGGAUUUAUGAGAUCAAAGGGCGUAAACAUACAAGCCCUCUUGCAAUUUGUGUUGGGGAUGUUCAGGACAUACAGCGUUUUGCCGUCACAGACCAUUUGCCUUAUGGCUUGCUUGAUUGUCUCCUUCCAGGGCCUGUAACGGUGGUGCUAAGGCGAGGGGACUCAAGCAUACUAGAGAAGUCCUUAAACCCUGGUUUGGAGAGCAUUGGAGUUCGAGUGCCCGAUUGUAACUUUAUCAGAGUAAUUUCCAGUGGUUCUGGAAGUGCACUGGCCCUUACGAGUGCAAACCUCAGUGGGCAGCCUAGUAGUGUAGACAUCAAAGAUUUUGAGAACCUCUGGGAACACUGUGCAUAUGUCUAUGAUGCUGGUGCACUUCCGUCAGGACGUGCUGGAUCAACAGUUGUGGACCUUACUAAACUAGGAAAGUACAGGAUUUUGAGACCAGGAAGUGCCAAAGAAGAGACUGUUGCGAUCCUUGAGAGACAUUCUCUACUAGAAGAUGAAACCGCUGCUUAGUUCUAAGAAGAGGUCCAACUGAAUCCGCAAUUUAACUUUUAAUGAUUAAUACAUAGGGAUGGACAGAUUUUGCCUGAGCAUGUAAGAAACUCACUAUUUUGUUGUAAAUUAGUCAUGCUCUGGAAUCAUGUUUUGAGAGAGGCUUAGCUGGCUUUGAUUCUUUGUUCUCAGUAUUUGGGGUGUAUAGAUGUGCCAUGAAAACAAAUGAGCUUGUCAUGGUAUUUGAGAACUCUUACAAUAUGUAUUGAUUAUUUAACCUUUCAAUAUCCUUAUGAACUAAUUUAUCAUUGUUGGUAA